GAAACCAGACUGGUGUCGUCACAGACCGGCCGCUGGGAGGAGAAAUCUUAAACUACUGCCAGUGUCGUGGUGCUGCUAAUGUUUGAAUAGGAAAAAGGGAGGCGUUAUAGCUAGGCGUGUUAACGGGGAAAAAAAAAAAAAACCGAAACGAGAUUAUUAUCACAUACAAAUAGCAACAAAAAAAAGGGAAAGAACGGAAGAUCAAACAAAGCGGUUCGGUUUUUUUUUUUUUGCCAGGGUAUUUCUAUCGGUAGACUUUGGGAAUUGUUUUGUUCUUUUGCCUAAGCAAUGAAAGACCAAGACAAAGGCUGAUGUGAAAUUGGAAAAUCUGUUUUACUAAGGAAAGGGGACCAAGGUGAAAAAUGGAUAGUGCAAAUGUUGAUACGGCGCCACAGCAACCACAUGAAUUUCAGCAGCAACCUACUGCACAGCACCACAGCAGCAACGGAAAGAAGAAGGUGAACCGAGCCCCUUCGCCGGCGAGACCCAGAGAUGUCCCUGGAUGGUCCCUGGCUAAGAACAGAAGCAACAAUGGGUCUGCAGCCACCAGCCUAGGCAUCAGGACUGGGGGUCUCAAUCUCGGUAGCCGGGCGUCCAGACGCAGCCCUGGGAGCUCAAAGGAGCUCAAACACGAGAAGAUUAAGCAAGCUGCUAAAUCCACGUUGUCUAUUUCAAGCGCCCACAAAAGUCCCGGUGUUAGUAAAUCGGUAAAAGCAGCAAGAAGGAAGAUAUCGGAUGCCAGCAAUGCAUCCGAUGAUCUGAGCAAAGACUCGGGUUGCGCCCCCGGGAAACUGUCUCCUACGGAUAGCAGCUCCGAGCUUUCUGAUUGCGCUUCGGAGGAAAAUAAACUUUCCGCGGAUGCUCUGAGCAGCGAUACCGAAUCAAGCAGCAGGGGUGGAGGAACCGAUGGCGAAAAACAAAUUGGGGACCCAGAAAAUGGCACAUCUGACACCAUGAGUGACCAGAAUGACAAAACGCCCGUGGACAAGGACCGACUGUCCUUCGGGGUAGAAACCGGGGAAGAGAGUAUCUCCCCCGGCGACGAGCGCUCUGUUGCCUCGCUUGACAGUCGCCUCCAUGUCAGUACGUCGCUGGCAUUUUCUGACCUAACGGAGGAGUUUAUGGACGGGAUGCAGGAAGAAUUUAUCAGGGAGAUCGAUGAACUAAGAUCUGAAAAUGAUUACUUAAAAGAUGAGAUUGAGGAGCUGCGGACGGAGAUGCUGGAGAUGAGGGACAUGUACCUGGAAGAGGACGUUUAUCAGCUCCAGGACCUCCGGCAACAGCUGGACCAGGCCAACAAGAUGUGCCGUAUCCUCCAGUACAGACUGCGCAAGGUGGAGCGCAGGAGCCUGCGGGUGGCCCAGACCGGCCAGGUGGACGGGGAGUUCAUCCGCACCCUGGAGCAAGACGUCAAGGUGGCAAAGGACGUCUCGAUCCGCCUGCACAACGAGCUGGACGGGGUGGAGAGGAAGCGGAGCAGGCUGGAGGAGGAGAACGAAGAGCUGCGGCAGAGACUCCUAGAGCUGGACGUGGCCAAGCAGGUCCUUCAGACAGAGCUGGACAAAACCAAGGAGAACUCUCUGAAGAAAAGAGGAGCUCGGGCCAUUAAUAAAACCGACAAGAAGUCAUUGCCCCAGGAGGACAGCGCCGACCUCAAGUGCCAGCUUCACUUUGCGAAAGAGGAAUCAGCCCUCAUGUGCAAGAAGCUGACCAAGAUGGCCAAGGAAAACGACAGCAUGAAAGAAGACCUGGUCAAGUACAGGUCUCUGUACGGAGACCUGGACAGCUCUCUCUCUCUAGAUGAGAUGGCUGACUCUCCACACUCCAGAGAGGCCGAGCUGAAGAUCCACCUCAAGCUGGUAGAGGAAGAAGCCAACCUCUUAAGCCGGAGGAUAGUGGAGCUUGAGGUAGAGAACCGUGGCGUGAGAGCUGAAAUGGACGAUAUGAAGAGUCAAGAGCUCCAGGGUCAUCUGGUCCUGGCUUCGGCCAGCUACGGGGAGUGUGGGGAGAGCACGAUGGAGCUUAAAAGACACCUCCAGUUUGUGGAAGAGGAGGCCGAUCUUCUGAGGAGGUCCCUUCUGGAGCUGGAGGAGCAGAACAAACUCUUGAUGAACGAUCUGAACAAGUACAAAUCGGAGCAUGACCUUGACACCACCAUGUCGGAGGACAGCUGCUCGGUGAUAAGCGAGCCCUCACAGGAAGAGCUGGUGACCGCCAAGCUCCUGAUUGGCGAGCUCAGUGGGAAAGUGAAGAAGCUCCAGUAUGAGAACAGAGUCCUUCUCUCCAACCUCCAGCGCUGCGACCUGGCCUCAUACCAGUCCACACGCCCCUCAAUGGAGACGGACGCAGAGGCUGGAGAUUCAGCCGAAUGCAUUCCAACUCCGAUCAGGAGAGAAGGACCCAUCGGUGGGGAGAAUGAUUCCAGGGAGGACCGGGAGAGGCCAAAUGGGAUAAGAAACAACAAGAACCCAGAUAAUUAUGAGGUUUUUUCACCACGAUUCCUUAGAACAAGAGACUUCGAGGCCAUGCUGACCAUCAAAGACCAGGCUGAACUUGUUAGCAAAGCCAUAGAUCUUUUGAUAUCGGACUCUAAUGGGUCUUAUCCAAAGGUUUGUCCUACUAUUGAUUCCACAGAGCAGACUUUGAAUGAAAGUGUUGAGAAAAACGAAGCCCCCAGUGACCUGAAGCUGGUUAGUGCCCUUAAUAUCAGGCUGAGUGCUUUGCAGAGGGAAAUGAUCUCCUUCAUGGAGAAGGUAGACAACCUCAAGGAAUCUUUCAAGGAGCAAAUAGAAGGUGACUCGCCAUUACCUAUGCUAACAGAAUCAGGAAGCUUUUUAUCAACAAUGACGUCAGUGUCCCAAGACUCUACACCAGAGGUUCUGAGCAAAGGACUCAUCACUGACCAGAAGCAGCCUGACUUUAGGGACCAAAAGGAGUGGCAGCUAGGAGGCCAGGGACACAGACAGCCAGGGGGCUACUCGAACAGCCUUGAUGGGGAUCCAAGCAAAGAGACCAACAGAGAGUCCAAGACCUUCAAACAAGACGAGCAGGAUUCCUACCCUACUGAGAUCAAAGCCCUGCAGUCAGAUCUAUUGGAGGCGAAGGAGAGUAUCCGGGGCCUGCAGGAGCAGCUCUCCCAGGAAAGACAGACUCGCAGCAAGGAAGGCGAGAGCUGCACUCAGAGGAUUGCUCAGCUGAAGGAGGAGCACCAGAAAGCUCUGCUCCGGAGGGACUUCGAGCUGCAGAGCCUGAGCUUGCAAACCCGUCUGGAGCAGAAGUCCUGGAGCCAGGAGAGGAACCUCAUGGUGCAGGAGUCCCAGCAGCUCAAGCAGGGCCUCCUGCUGCUCACUCUUAAACUCAAGUGCUUCCUCAAGCAGUGGAGGCUGGGCAAGAAGCUGGACAAUGAGAGGCCGGACUUCCUGGAGGUUAGCAGCGUAAAGGAUCUAUACAUGCUAAUUGAAGAAGAGCAGUUGGUUCUGCACCAACUGGAUAACAAGACCACCGCCGCAGACGAGAAAUCUCAGAGUUCUGUAACCCUGGAGAGAGUUGAUAGCAUCAUGGAGAGAAAUUACAAGCAGGCGAGCAAGCCGGGCAGUGCCUUGGCUGACCUGAAGGAGGCGCUGUGGGAGCUGUGCACGGAGUUGCAGGAGGAGAGGCGUGGCUCCGAGGAGCUCACGCAGCAGUUCGCCAAGGCCAAGUCUGCCUGGGAGGUGGAGAGAACCGAACUCAAGUGCCACACCACACAACUGGAGUGCAAGGCAGGGAAGGCUGGCCCGGAGAAGGCACUUCCGGAGCUGAAAGCUGCUCUGAAAAGAGAACGCGAGGAACACCAGCACCUGCUGGCCGACUCCUACGCUGCAGUCAUGGACCUGACCAAGCAGCUGCAGAUCAGCGAGAAGAACUGGAGCCGAGAGAAGCAGGAGCUCCUGGAACGCUUUAAGCAGGAGCAGAGACAGUGGGAGCAGAGACUCCAGAACACCCCGGGCAAAACCAGCCAGACUUCACACGAAAAAAUUACUGAAAAAGAAACAUCCUGUGAACCAGAUGCGAUGGGAACAAAUCUACAGAGGACCAAAUCCAUUUCUUCCAUGUCCAAGUUUGAGAGCCUCUUAGAUUCCUCUCCCUUCGUCCCAACAAUCAACAGCAACAAUGGCAACAACAUAGACCAGAAGGGUCAGUCAGGUGUCCAGGCUAUCGCCAACAGCCUCUCCAACCUUGGGGAAUUCAACAAGAAGAACUGGGAGUAUUUGACAAACGAGAAGGUUGAAAAGUUGGACCCUUUCAAGACCUGGGAUGGUCCAACAAUGACCAACCAUGACCCAUCCCAGAAACACAUACAGAGGAGUUAUACUGCGCCAGAUAAAACUGGCAUCCGGAUCUACUACAGCCCGCCCGUGUUGCGCAGGAUGGAAGGCUGUGUUAUGCAGGGAAAAAAUGAGGAGAAGAUGAUGGCUGAGCCAGGCUACUUGUUUACUACUGCCAAGCCCAAAGAUCUUGGAGAUUCAGAAAAUUCUUCAGAAAGCACGUACGGCAGAUGGCUCUGCAACUUUUCUAAGCAGCACAGGGACCUCCUGGACAGCAGCUCUGUGCCGCACACUGUGGUGGCCACUGCAGGAUUACCCUUGCCCUUCCACAGCCUGGAGAUAUCUGGCAACCUGAGCGACGACAUGAAGGAAAUGACAAACUGCGUGAGGCAAGCCAUCCGUUCCAGCUCUCUGGAGAGAAAGUGCAAGGACACUGCUAGCCAGACUGUGGGGGUCACCACCACUGCCACCCAAACUACACAGUUUGUCAGCAUUGGCCUGCAGACAGAGGGCCCAAGAACCAGCCUGCACUCCAAGAGUUGGUCACCCAGGAGUUCUUCAUUGAUGUCAGCCCGCAGCAGGCAGAUAUCGACGUCUUUGGAUAAGGUCCACAGCAAAAUUGAUCGUCCAUGUUAUUCACCCAAGUAUGGCUCUCCAAAGCUGCAGAGAAAGUUGUCGACAUCCUCAUCCAAAUUGGACAGCUCUAAAGACCGGAGCCUGUGGAACCUCCACCACCGAGGACAGAAUGGGUCAGCAUGGGCCAGGUCUACCACCACCAGAGACAGCCCCGUAUUAAGAGGCCUCAACGAUGGGCUCUCCAGCUUGUUCAACGUGGUGGAGCACUCUGGUAGCACCGAGUCUCUAUGGAAGGGAAUCCCACAGGAGAGUAAAACCAAGGCAGAAGUUCCCAAGUAUGGCAUCGUCCAAGAAUUCUUCCGUAACGUCUGUGGCAGGACGCAGACUCCUGGUCCUGGUGGGGACAGACAACAGAAAGAAGCCGUCCUCGAAGAUGGGAGCAAGAAACUAGAUGGUGCUCUUGCUGUGUCUUCUACACUCGGAAAUACCCAUUCAGAUAGCGUUGCAAAGAUUGUGAACAAGAGGCUUCUGAAGCAGUGCAUGAAAGACAACCUAAACCAUGGCAGCAAAGAUUCUAUAACGAGAAACAUAAGCAUGAGUUCAAAUGAGGAUGCAGCGUGUGACUGUACAUCUCAGUCGCUCACCUCUUGUUUUGCACGUCCCUCUCGAUCGACCACCCGUCACUUACACCCGCAGUGCAAGCUACGCUCCACAGAUCCCAACGCAGCUGAAGAGAAAGGAGAGGCAGCCGAGUGAAGACGCUGCCCUCGUACUGGGGCACCCUGCCCAGAACACAGGCUAGCUCUGCCCUGAACGAGGAGGAAACCAGGCUCACUUAAACCAUACCAAGUCAUGAGCUAAAAGCAUCCGGAAUGUUACCUGGGCUGAUCUCCUUUUCAUUAUCAAUACUGUUUACUGUAUUUUGAUGACUAGCCAAAUAUUAGACUAGUAACAUGAAUUUAUAACUGUAAGCAUAUUUAUUUGGAUGCAAGCAACACACAAUGAAUAAGGUCCAAAUAUAUAUUGCAUCGCAAAAGUUUUUUUUUAGCUCUUGUAAGGCCUUGCAGCAUUUCCCUCCUACUAAAAAGGGAAUUAACUUGGGCCUUAUAGUCAGCGUGUUAGCAAAAUCUGCCAGAAUGAUAGAGAAGAUGAACAAUGUUAUUUGUCUUUGCUAGCGUAGCCUGGCAAAGUAUUGCAAAUUAAUGGGUGGUGGAAAUUUUCGAGAAACUUUUUUAGCUCGAAAAAGCAGCCCUGGAAUCCUGUCUGAAAUAUAGUUUUGUAACAUUUCUCUUUAUCCAUUCUAAAAAAGGGGUUUCAAACCGGGCAGUUUGGAGAGCACUUGUCACCUGGGACCUAUUUUCAAAAGGCCAUUCAAUCCACCAACUUCUUAUGGGUUCAGAUUGAACCCCAUCACUUCACUGCAUUGCAGUAGCCUAGAGUUUGUCACUUUUGACUCUCGUCACAUGAACUCCUGGUCCUGGUGAAAUAAAUGUUACAAUGAAGGGUGGUGCAUCAGCCUGAUAGGACAGAUGCUUUAACACUAAGACCGAAGGGAAAAAAAAAGAAAUCAUGCUGAAUUUAAUUUCUUUCUUAAUAAUUAAUAUUUAUAUUACUUUGAUACCAAGGGAUUCAUUUUACAGUGUAAGGUAUUGUGUUAUAUAUCUAUCUGUAAUCUUAAUGGUGCUGAUACAAUAAAUGAAUGACUAGCUUUCACAAAGUUUAAGCGUAUUGUCAUGGGAUCAGAACAGAUUUUAUUUCUAUUGUGGUAGCUACAUAAAGGAUAGGUAUUAAUACUUUUUGACAUAAAUGAAUAUACAGUAGUGCAAAUCGACUUCACUUCACUGCAGCCCACAAACCUUUACUAAUGUAUUAGAGCCCAUUAAUGGCCUCCUAUAAACAUAUUUUCUAAAAACAGAAAAAGACUUUCUUUGUGACUUUGAACCGCUGUCAGUUACACUUGCAAGCCACCCUGAAAAGCUGCCGUCACAUUCUGCUCUGCCAGUCUGAUCUGUUUCAUUGUCACGCCCUGUACCUCACAGUAGAAUUUUUAAUCUAGACAACCCUUUAUCCAUUUGUAAUCAAACUUGGUUAGUGCAUUAAGCAGAGUUCCAUAAUCUGAGGAUAUAAACACAGAUACUGUCUACACUGGCAUGUGCUGUGGAUGUAGUCAUGGUACUUUUUAAUAAUGCUGAUGUUGUUAUAUGACAUUAGGAUUACUGUCAAAUGAAAUGAUAUUUUUUUCCAAGGAAAAAUUAGGCAUUACUGUGUCAAUAUUCAUUAACUUCUUCAGAUGAGGGACUGCUGUACAAAGCAAUCUACAACAGAGAGCACUGUCUGGCUGUUGUUAUUAACCCUACCUUGCUCCCUUUCCUAGCUGAACACAUGCUUGUAGUUCAUUUUACUCAAAGAAAUGGAAGUUGUGUUUAAAAAGGAUCUGUGUGCCUUUCGUGAAUUCAGACUGAUUGACAAAAUGGCUCAUUUGUAUUUGAACCCUCGCUCCUCAGAUCUCCUGUGAUCACACUUUUCAGUAAAACCUUACGAGCAGACCACAUAACUUCCAAACCUUUCCAAUUGAACCAACCUACAAAUCAAGUUUAUCUGCUUUUGCUCCAGUGUGCUAUCUACCCAUUCUACACCCUGGAAAGCCGUAAAAUGGAUGCUGUAGCAUUCGCUAACAUUGCAUAAAGUUCAUUUUAGUCCUGUGGGCGACUUUUCCAAAUUGCUGUGUGUUUUACCUGUGGAAUUUAAAAAAAUAAUAAAAUAAUUAGAAAAGUGAAUGAAAUCGUUUAUGCACACAAUGCCGAAAUAGCAUAGACAUAUUUAUCAAUUACUUCAGAAAACUUGUAAAGUACUGAUCCAGUUUGUAAGCUGCAGUUUUUAGUCUAUUUAAAAAAAAAAAAAAAAAAUGUAUUUCAGAUUUUUUUUUUUUUUUUUUUUUUUU